AUUGAGACUAACCCAACUCUAAAGGAAACGUGGCAAUGACGUGUCAAUAUUUAAAUUAAGACCCGGAUGUUCACAGCCUGCACAGUGUACAGUUCAACCAAAAGAGAAACAGACGCAGUCAUUUAACCGUUUGGAUUGUGUGUAUGGUCUCGUCAUAAGGUGAUGAGUUGGUGCAUCGAUGAACACCCGUCGCCGCCACGGUCCUAAAAGCAGCCAGGACGGGGUCUACACUGGGCCGGCUCAGACCCAGUCCCAGCUGGUCCAACAGCUGGAAACCCCCCUGGCUGUGCCAGCACCCAUCGCUGCCCCUAUUGUAGACACCAUCAGCAUGUCCUGCCGAGACCGUACCAGCGAGUUUCAAUCCGUCUGCAAGUCCCUGCAGGGGAGACAGAAUGGAGCCCAGCUCGCCCGACCUAUCAACAAUGCAGUCAGACAACGGAGUGAAUUCACUCUCGUGGCUAAGCGAAUUGGAAGAGACCUCAGCAACACUUUUGCCAAGCUGGAAAAGCUCACGAUGCUUGCCAAAAGGAAGUCACUUUUUGAUGACAAAGCGACUGAAAUAGAUGAACUCACUUACAUUGUGAAACAGGACAUCAACAGUCUGAAUAAGCAGAUAGCUGGGUUGCAAGAUAUUGUUCGAUCUCGAAGUGGACAGAAUGGUAGACAUCUUCAAACACAUUCCAACACCAUCGUCGUUUCAUUGCAGUCCAAACUGGCAUCUAUGUCAAGUGACUUCAAGUCAGUGCUGGAAGUCAGAACAGAGAACCUAAAGCAACAGAGAACCAGACAAGAACAUUUUUCACAAGCUUCUGCGUCUGCCUCCUCUUUCCAUGCCAACAACUUUAACAAUUCAGUGCUCAUGCAGGACGAUUCCAAAAAGAGUGAUAUAUCUAUAGAUAUGGACCUACACGGCAGUCAGGAGAUGCAGUUAAUCAAUAAACGGGACGAAUACAUACAGAACCGAGCGGACACUAUGCAGAAUAUAGAGUCCACUAUUGUGGAGCUUGGGUCUAUAUUUCAGCAACUGGCUCAUAUGGUUAAAGAGCAGGAAGAGACGGUACAGAGAAUUGAUGCUAAUGUCGAGGACACUCAGCUGAACGUGGACCUUGCUCAUGGAGAGAUACUGAAAUAUUUUCAGUCCGUCUCCAACAAUCGCUGGCUCCUCAUCAAGAUUUUCCUCAUCCUCAUUAUCUUUUUCAUUGUGUUUGUGGUUUUCAUGGCCUGACGGCACAGGUGUGCCAUGAUCCUCUUGUAAGGAGAGCAAUUGUGGGAUUGUCAGUAUUCAAGCAUUACUCGCCAUCUCUGUUUUCUCUUGUCUCUGAUCAUUAUUCUUACAUUUGUUGUGCAUCAUGCUAUAGUCCUUUUAGCAUGUGUGUACUGGCGGUUGAGCUCUCUUUUUUUAUGAAUUUUAUUUUGUCCACCAAAAUUUGUGAAAUUUGUUAUUUUAUAUUAUGUUAUAGCUUUGUGAUUAGCAUUACUUUCUGUACACAUCUGUUAUCUUUAAACUGAAACAUCUUACAUUAAAAAAAGCAUUUCCAUUUA